CCCUCCCAUUUUUGUGGUGUGUGUGGGAAACUGUUAAUGGAAACAGCGGCAGAGGAGAGUGCAUUAAAGCUCGCAUUACUGGCCCCGUAAUAAGGUCACGGGGCGGCUGCCUUGCACAUGCAUCCUCCUCCGGGGUGAUUUUCCACGAUGGCCGCGGAUAUCGGCUCGGCCGCUGUGGUGUACUGGUGCAGAAGGGCCUCAGCAAGCGAUAGCAUGAGGAGGGGCCGCACGGCUACAGUAGCUGUGCUCUUAGUCGCGGCUCCCACUUCAGCCCCUGAUAAAGACUCGGCGGCCUACUUCCUUGUUUUUGUGGCUGCGGGCCGUUUUUGCUGCUUCCUGUGUCAGACGAUGUUUGCCUAAAAAGCACGCCGAACAGAACUGUCCAUUGUUGUGGAAAAAAAAAAAAAAAAAAAACGCCCGAUGCCGUCCUCUCUCCGUGGACCCCCACUCGGUCCGCGGAGAGAGAAAAGAUGGAGGGAUAGCGAGAGGGAAAUCAUGCACGAUGAAAGCGGAAGAAGAGUAAACAACUGCGGGUGAUGUAAUACAUUUACAGGGCAGGAAAAAAGGAAAAUUACAGAGCGCUUUGAGACAUGAUGAGCAGGAGAGAGAGAGAGGGAGAGAGAGAGAAAAUGUGAGGAAAGAGCACUCAUCACAAGAGAGAAAUGGAGAGGGAGACGGCGGGCGAGAGAGGCUUGAAUGCUCUCGCAUGCUGCUUCGUCGUCUCCUCCCUUCAGUGGUUGCUUCAGUGUCUGUGUGCGGGUGAGAAAAGGGGGCUGAGCUCAGUCGCUUGUCGUCCCAGGUUUAGUCAAACCAAGAAGCGGCCGCGGCGACAUGCUCACCCUGCUCGGCUGACUGACACAAGCAGCAUGCAGAGUUGAGAGAGCACCAUGCCACCUCCGCUGCCGUAGUGUGCGGGGAUGACACCGUCCUUCUGACCCCAGGCAGGAUGAGCCAGCGCCAGGUGAAGGAGCGGGACAAGGAGAGGGAGCGGGAGAGGGAGAGGGAGAAGGAGGCGGGCCUCCAAACACCUAACAGGGAGCAUGUUUCCACCCCCUCAGCGCUUAGCCCGGGGGUCAGCUACAGCCACGGUUUCGAAAGGGGGAAGGAGGACCUCUUGCCUCUGCCUUUGAAAGAGGACUCACAUUCCAUAUCUAAGAGCAAAUCUGAAACCAAGCUGUACAAUGGCUCAGACAAGGAUGUGUCAGGGUCUGGAGGAAAGCUCACCAAGAAGGAGUCCCUUAAGGUGCAGAAGAAGAACUACAGGGAGGAAAAGAAGAGGGCGACCAAGGAGCUGCUCAGCACCAUCACAGAUCCCUCUGUCAUCGUCAUGGCUGACUGGCUAAAGAUCCGUGGCACAUUAAAGAGCUGGACCAAGCUGUGGUGUGUGCUGAAACCAGGCGUCCUGCUCAUCUAUAAAACUCACAAAAACGGACAAUGGGUGGGAACGGUGCUGCUCAACGCCUGCGAGCUGAUCGAGAGGCCCUCCAAGAAGGACGGUUUCUGCUUCAAGCUCUUUCACCCACUGGAGCAGUCCAUCUGGGCUGUCAAGGGCCCUAAAGGAGAAGCGGUUGGCUCUAUCACGCAGCCGUUACCCAGCAGCCACCUCAUCUUCCGUGCCGCCUCAGAGUCUGAUGGCCGGUGCUGGAUGGAUGCCUUAGAACUAGCCCUGAAGUGCUCCAGCCUGCUAAAGAGGACCAUGAUCCGCGAAGGGAAGGAGGACAUGAGCACAGUAGCCUCUGGCGGAGAACACUCAAUUAAUUUCUACAGCCUCCUCCGAGCCCACAACAUACACGGUUUCCAGUUCAACGACAGUGACCAUUUGAAGGAUCCUGACCUGUACUCAGACAAGUCAGACCGGGAGGGAGAGCAGGACCACGAGGAGUCAGACCCGGAGGGCCUGGAGAAGAGCGAGGAGAGCGACAGCGACACAUCAGAGCGCCAAGAUGACUCGUACAUCGACCUGGACCCCAACGAGCAUCUGCGGGAGACCCCAUACCUGGAACAGUCCCAUGAGGAGCUGGGGGAGGCUGGAGAGGCUGCUCAGACAGAAACCGUAUCAGAGGAGAACAAAUCUCUGAUCUGGACGCUGCUGAAGCAGGUCCGGCCUGGCAUGGAUCUCUCUAAGGUCGUGCUGCCCACCUUCAUCCUCGAGCCAAGAUCCUUCCUGGACAAGCUCUCCGACUACUAUUACCACGCAGACUUCCUGUCAGAAGCUGCAAUUGAAGAGAAUGCCUACAACCGCAUGAAGAAGGUGGUGAAGUGGUACAUCUCUGGAUUUUACAAAAAGCCAAAGGGGUUGAAGAAGCCUUACAACCCCAUUAUUGGAGAGACGUACCGCUGCAUGUGGCUCCAUCAGAAGACCAACAGCAAGACUUUCUACAUCGCAGAGCAGGUAUCCCAUCAUCCUCCGGUGUCGGCCUUCUACGUCAGCAACAGGAAGGAUGGAUUCUGCGUCAGUGGCAGCAUCCUCGCCAAGUCCAAGUUCUACGGAAACUCCCUGUCUGCGAUAUUGGACGGGGAGGCGCGGCUCACUUUUCUCAACCGAGGCGAGGACUACGUGAUGAACAUGCCCUACGCUCACUGUAAAGGCAUCCUGUAUGGAACCAUGACCCUGGAGCUAGGUGGCCAGGUCACUAUAGCGUGUGAGAAAACAGGCUACAGUGCUCAGCUGGAGUUCAAACUGAAGCGGCAGCCAUUCCUGGGCAGCAGCGACAUCGUCAAUCAGAUCUGUGGAAAGAUCAAGCUGGGAAAGGAGGUGCUGGCGACGCUAGAAGGACACUGGGAUAGUGAAAUCUUCAUCAAUGACAAGAAGACAGGGACAGUGGACACCUUCUGGAACCCCACGCCAGACCUCAGGCAGAGCCGACUCAUCCGCUGCACCGUCCCACCAGAGGAGCAGGGGGAGUAUGAGUCAGAAAGACUGUGGCAACACGUGACACGAGCCAUCACCAACAAGGACCAGACCGAGGCCACCAACGAGAAGUUCCUCCUGGAGGAGGCUCAGAGGAAGUCGGCCCGUGAGAGGAAAGUCAAAUGCGAGGAGUGGAUCCCCGCCCUGUUCGAGCAGGACCCUGUCACUGGAGAGUGGCAUUACAGAUAUGCCGACACAAGGCCAUGGGAUCCGCUCAAUGAUCUGAUCCAGUUUGAGAAAGAUGGCUGUAUCCAGACCAAGGUCCGACACCGCACCCCUAUGGUACGUUCUGGCAGUCUUAUUAGUCUGAGUAACCAGGGGCCGCGGAGAGACAAUUGCAAGUGCCAGGUAACGGUGCCAAAGAGGAAACACAAGAGCGACAAGCCCAAGAGCCCAGAGAGCGGCUGCUCUUCCCCCGAACCCGACCGCCAAGACUCAUCCGGCAGCGAACGACACAAAAGUAAGCAUAAUAGUCGGCUGAGGAAAAAAGGAGCGGACCUCAGUGAGCUUCAAAGUGCCAUUGAAUCUAUUAAGCGGACGCAGGAGGACAUUAACAGGAGCAUCAGCGUGCUGCGGAGCCGCGCGGCGGGCCGGGUGGAGGGCGGCUCCUUCCUCCAGCAGCGCGACUACGUGGUCAUCGCUCUCCUCAUCCUGCUUCAGGUCCUGAUCAACUACGUCUUCAAGUAGCAGCCAUAGCCCACAGAGACAGUGAUGCCCUCACACACACACAAACACAAACACACACACUCCUUCGGAAUACCUGGCAUCACAGUGGGGGACUUAGACACUUUAACCACAGCCUCCUCCAGCUCUCUUCUUCCCCGUCUUCGUUAAACCCGAUCACUUGUGUCCAGAAAAGCAGACGCUUCCACACACAAAGAGACUUUUAAAAAAAGAAACUAUUUAUUUUUAACCAGUCCAUUCCAAAAUCUCUGUAGAUGUUCCACAAAUUUCAAAGUGGAGAGGAGCAGCGACGAGGAGAAUUUGUCGGGAGUUUAGACUUUGUUGUGAUGAAGUCUCGACUGCCACUCUGGAAAUUAUAAUUUGCCUUGACGCGAGAGGCGAAGACAGCAGCCAUUUUAGCUGUUUGUGUGCGUGUUCUUUUUGUUUUGUUUUUUCUGUCUCGGUGGAGUGAAACUACUUCCACUGACUAACAUUUCACCUCAAACGACAGGGAACCUUUUAACACAGAAACAAGGACCACAACUCAGAUUGUACCACAAACAAAAAAAAAUGUCCAUUUAAUUUUAGUGUGUUUUUUUUUUUUUAACUGUUUUGUUUCCUUGCUUGGCGUGUCCUUUGUGAGUAGAGGUCUGCUUGGAACAACAAAGAAAAAAAAAAAACGACGAUAAGGGAGAGAAAAACAAAGUGGUCCAAUCUACGUGACUUUUAUUUUUUUAUUAUCAGAUGCUUUCGGGAUUCCACGCGCGGAAAUGGACGACGAGGACAGACGACGCAAAUGACAUUGUCAAAGGAAUAGAAGCUAUAAUUUCCGUUGUAUAAUAAAACUACACCUUUUGCAUACAAAUUCAGUGUUACAAAAAAAAAAAGGUCUGACGCAAUGUCAUUGUAUACUGUAGGUAGCAUGUACAGACAGGAGUGUGAUUAGGACUUUAGCCCUAUGUACAGUAUUUUGUUUUUAAGGCACAAAUGCACUGGAAAUGUUCUUUAUACAGUCAUCGGUUUUGCACUUACGUGGGUGCUCUCGUCAACAGAGAGACAAAAGUAGUCAAUUUUGUCAUGAACCACAGUGACCACUGCCCUACAUUUCAGGUAAAGGAAUGUCUAGAACUAAUCUUGAGACGUUGGUUUUAGAGCGGUUAGUCGUGGAUUCAGAAAAGCUAGGUGAUGUACCAAAAUGAACCUUAAAGGACUAGGAUACAACUUCAUCUGCUUUUUGCCAAGCGUUAUUAGAUGAGAAGAUUAGGGAAAACGGUGAGUUAGCCUGGCUCUGUCCAAUGGCAACAACAUCUGCACACCAGCACUGUGAAAGCUCACUAAUCAUAUUUAUAAUGUGCACGAAAAAGCAGCGCGAAUACACAUUUUAGAGCGUAACAGCUUUGAGGUGUUUGUAUCUUCUCAUCUAAUACAUAGGAAGAAAGCAAAUGUGCGUUUUUCCCCAAGUUGAAGUAUAAAGAAAAACUAAAGGUUUAUAUACUAGCUGGUGAGCAGAAAGGAGUCCAAACAUGUAAACGCAGACUCCAGACCAAACACUCCUCUUAGCAACGUUGGUUUUAGAGCAUCCGUCAUCUCUUCCAGUGCUUUUGAGCCUCACAUGUUAACCAGGAAUACUAGAAUAGACACUUUAGUGAAUCUACUAGUGAGAGGAGGAAAUAGACUCCUGGACGUUUUCUGUCUCCAUAGUGAACCAUUCCAAAUGUACGCAAGUACCAGCCAAACUCAGUGUGUAGAGUAGAAGUCCCGUUCACUGUGUAAAUACCCGAUGUGGGGGGAGGGGAGGGAGGGGGAAGGGGCAACGGUUCCUCGCUCGCGAGUAGCACAUGCCGCGUCCACACCAAGGUUCGCAACGCAGACCCUCUGCUCUGUGCACAAACCACUCUCGUCAACCUUGUGUGUCUUUCUGUCCUCUGUAGCCACACACGGACAUGGGCAUUAGUGGGGCACUCGAUCAGAUUCCCAUCCCGAACGGCCUCGGCGUGUUGCCGCACGGAGCGGAAAAUAUCGAUUUUCGUUUGGUUUUCUUGACGUUUUGUUUGGCGUACGUCGCGGUUCCAAUCUGCCGCCUUCACCUUUGGUCACGUCGAAGUUUUCUCUCAAGUAGUUUGGCAGCGCGAGCUCAGAUUAUAUCACCUUCUCCGAAGAUACGUGGAGAGAUUUCCACAGAGCUCCGCGGAGAAGUGCAAGUACAAAUACAAUCAUAGGAGAAGCCGCCCCGAAAAAAAAAAAAAAAAAGCUAAUCUGAUCUCCCCUCUGCAUACCUCCAGAUUUAGAAACAGACCAUAAGGACUGUGAUCGUGGCCGGCUUGGAAGGAUUAGUCUGGGGGUUGUUUUUAACCAAAGAUGAAGGCAGUGUAUCAGAACCGACUCUUUAACAAGAUGUCCUCCUGACUCAGAAUAAUGAUGCGACUAAUUCAGGCCAUUCGGAAAGCUCCAGACCACUUACGCGCCCUAUCUGAGCAUCGAUUUUGUGUAUCUCUUCGCCUGUCAUGAUGUUAGCCUUGUCGACGUUUACAUAUCCUAUUGCCUCCGCCGUCAGCAGACUGUUAAGCGAUGAAAGCUCUGAAAGGCCAACGCAGGUAUAAGGAAAGGCUGGUGGCAUUGGCGGGAGCCAGUGGUGCCACCCGCGGCGAGUUACCCGGCUGGCCUGGUACGUGUGCAUCCUCAUUGCCUCAAUCGCUCAUUUUAAAUAGAGAAUCCAGUGUUAGAAUGUGAAGAAAUAAGUAUAUACCAGUGCCUUCUAGAGUUGGACAGGGAAGGGGGUAGAUGGGGAGGAGAGGGAGUUUGGGGGAGGGGAUGGGAGGUCAGUAGGGUGUGGAGCAUACAGACAGAGGCGGAGUCAGAGUGUUGGGCUGAGGUGAUGCUGAAGGGAACGGUCCGGUGGUGGGUCUUGGACCUGGACUUGGGACUCUGGCUGCAGCUGUAGUCGGUGUAGUGUCUCAGAGCGGACGUGCCAUACGAAGCAAAAUGAGUCCGACUCCAGCUCCACAGGUCACCACCCGCACCCGGCUCCUGCCUCCCCUCCCGAAGUGUCGCCAUAGUAACGCAGCCGUAGGUUUCCGGAUGCUGAUUCCUGCCACAAGAGAAAGAGAGGGGGAGCGAGAGAGACCUCUCCUCUCCUUCGUCGCCCUCGUCUCUUUCCCUCUCUCGCUCUCUCACACACCAAAUUCAGAGGGAAACACACGUCUCUGCUGUCUGUUGUUGUUGCUGUGUCUGUAAAAUAAUACAUUUUAUUUAUUCCUCUUUUGUAUGUGGGUUGAUGUUUCUAUUUUUUUUUCUUUGCUCGUAGCUAUAGGUCAACGUUCUUUUUUUUGUUUUGUUUUUUUUGAAAAAUGAUUUUAAAUUCACACAAUUUGACACCACACACAAUCAAAUGUCCUCAACUUGUGCACACUGUCAAUGUCAACUCUGCCCACCUUUUCCAUUCACAAACCCCUUUCAUUUCCAAGUACCUGAGUACAUACUGUUAUCUCCUUGGCAACUGUAACUUCCUGGAACAUAACACAGAAUAAAAACAAAUAACGUGC